AUGAGGAAGAGCAGCGCCAACUGGUUGCGCCAGGGCUACAACAAGUUGACUCGAGCAGCUGCAGUUGGCAAAGACCACCCCACCGCCGCCGAUCCAAAGCAACAGAACUUCCCAAUCCUGGAAGGCCACCCUGCGGCCCAACAACACGCCCAGCAAUCCGUCGAGACAUUCGACGCGGUCAAGAGCCAGAGCAACAAGCGGUCGCUGCAGACGUCCAAAGAGUUCAAAAUCUACCGAUGGAACCCGGAUGACCCGACCCGCAAACCGUUUCUCCAGUCUUUCUUCCUCGACCUCGCCGACUGCGGCCCGAUGGUGUUGGAUGCGCUGCAGAAGAUCAAAGCCGAGGUGGACCCAGGUCUGACCUACCGGAGAUCUUGCAGGGAAGGGAUAUGCGGGUCGUGCGCGAUGAACAUCGAUGGCACCAACACCGUGGCCUGUCUCGAACCCAUCGACCCGGACCCGGCCAAGCCCUUGUUCAUCACUCCCCUGCCUCACAUGUUCGUUAUCAAGGACCUCGUUGUCGACCUCACCAACUUCUACCAGCAGUACAAGUCAAUUGAGCCGUGGUUGAAGACGAAACGACGGCCGGAGGAAGGGCGAGAGUACAGGCAGUCACCGGAGGACAGGAAGAAGCUGGAUGGGUUGUACGAGUGCAUCCUGUGCGCUUGCUGCACUACAUCCUGCCCUUCCUACUGGUGGAACCCUGAAGAGUUUUUGGGGCCGGCUAGCUUGCUGCAUGCGUAUCGCUGGAUCUGUGAUAGCCGGGAUGAGUAUACAGAGGAGCGGUUGCAAGCGGUGACAGAGGGGAUGCAGAAACUGUACAGGUGUAGGGCUAUCAAGAAUUGUACUGCCACCUGUCCCAAGAGCCUCAAUCCUGCUGACGCCAUUCACAAGAUGAAGGCCAAGCAUUUGACCUCUGUUCAUGUCGAGAAGUCGGAGAGCUAAACCUAGCAGCAACUACACACGAAGCCUUCUGGCGUUUGAUGGUGUAAUUAAGGGCUAUCAAUAUAAGUGCCUUCUCGUUGCCUACCGGUUUAAGCCCGUGACGUGACGGAGUCACGAGUUGGAACUAAGAG